AAGAUUUUUUAAGGUUAUUUUAUUAUCUUGGCGUCUAUAUACUUUGCCCAUUAAUUACUAAUAAUAAUCCUUAUAAAACAUUGUACAAAAAACUAGCUUUACUUUCACGUCCAAUCUCCUUCUAUUUCAGUGUAAGUGAAGUGGCAGAAGUUGACACUAUUGUUUCUGAGAUCUGUUCUGUGAGUGUAGCGGUGUUUCGUCAAGAUGGGCAAAAAAGUGAGAGAAUACAAGUCUGGCGACUUCAUUUUUGCCAAAGUUAAAGGAUAUCCAGCAUGGCCAGCCAGGGUACAAAAGUUGAAUGGAAAGAGGUACUUUGUGUAUUUCUAUGGGACAGGGGAAACCGCAAACCUGCCUCCGAACAUGAUCUUUGACUAUGCAGAAAACAAAGACAAGUUUCUGACCAAAACGGUUAAGAGACGGGACUUCAAUGAUGGCGUGAAGCAGAUUGAGCAUGACUUUGCCAAUAAUGUGCCGUUGGAAGACGUGAUUGGUGUGCCUGUAGAGGCUCCGGCGGACGGGACAGCGGACGAGACACUCAACGACACAGCGAAUGACACCGCCGAUGACACCAUGGACACCACAGCCGCCGAUGAUGCAGCUGAGGAGAAUACCACAAACACGACAGCACAGAAUGAGACCGCUGUUGAAGACUCAGACGAUACUGGCGCUUUAGUAAUUGAUGAAGGCAAUAAGAAAGGCAAAAAAGCAAAACUUGACCCAAAGCCAAAAGACACUCCUAAAGCGAAGGAGCCCAAGACUCCUCGUGGCAAAGCCAAGAAGGAGGAAGAGGCUAGAGAAGAAGAGGAAGAGAAAGGGAAGAAAGAAGAAGAGCUUGUCAGCAGGAGCGGAAGGAAAAUACGUCCGAAGAGGUACAUAGACGAACAGACAGAAGAAAACUCGACGCUGCCGUCGCCGGCGCCGAAGAAGCGUCGCGGCGCUUCUCCCACAGCGGAGAAGGAGAAUGUCAAAGAGAAGUCCAUUGAGAAGACUGCAAAACAUUAUAAUACUGUAUCACAGUCUGAAUUAGAAGACUUGAAGGAGCCAUAUAAACCGGAUGACGCGGAAAAGGAGAACAUACUAAUUACAUACCUGCCCACCGGACAGUACAUUGGGAUAAAACUGUUCCAAUCAAGGCCAACCAGUUUUAAGAGCGAAAACGCGAGGUUACAAUGGGAUAAGCAAGCUGCUUCCAACGCUGUCACCUUGAAAUUACAACUAGAACGUAGUCAAAUAAAACCGGAAUCGGUUCUAGCACAGCUGGUCAUGGACCUCAACCUCACUGAUGAGGAGAAGACCACCUUGGACAAGGAGAGGGAAACUGAAGAGAAGAAGUCGCGGGUACAAUUCCUGAAGACGGAGAUGAAAUUGAUAGAACUAGACGCUAAGAUUAAAACAUGCCUGUGUCUGGAGAAGGCUGAUACUGAGUUGUGUCUCAAGUUGCUGGACGAGUUGAUGGAACUAGAAGUGAAGCCCUUGAUGCUGCUAAAACACCCGACUUGCGUGGAGACAGUCAAGCGUAUGAGGGCAUAUGUUGGCAACACUCCCUCUUGGGACUUGAGCGAAAGUGCCGCAUUACAGUUCAGCAAACAAGCUCUACGUAUCAGGAAAUUGGCUGACACGCUGUACAAGAAUAUGAAGGAGCUGUUCACAACACCAGACGGUCUAUCGUUCUGGGAAUAUUUCUCGGAGCGAGUGUCGCAGUUUAAGAAAGUGACCGCUAAACUCACGGCCGACGAGUUGCUGGAGAUGGUGCACGAGCCUUUGGAAAUGUCAGUACCGACAUCACACAACAUGAAGAGUGCGAUCGAGACGGCCAACGAGGAAGAGAAAGACAAAACAGAGGAGAAGGAGAAAGAGAAGGAGGAUGACAACAAUCAGAAGAAAAAGACACCUGUGAAACCAAAGAAACAAGUGAACAAUACGCCGUCGAAGGCGACCAAGCGGCAAAGCUCGAGGAACAAACAGGAGGAGAAAGAAAAGGAGGUAGAGAAGGAGAAAGAGAAAGAAGACGAACAGACAGAAACACCAAUGGAGACUGACGCCGUGAACAGCGAAGAGGCUACUAGUGACAAAGAAGCAGAGAGUAAUGCAACUAAGAACAAUGAAGAACAAACGAAAGAGAAAGAAAUAGAAAAGGAACCAGAACACAAUGACAAAGACAAGGGCAGCGAUACCAAUGUGAAAGUGAGCGAAAACAGCGAACCAAUAGAAAAAGCUAAUGACAUUGUAAAAGACAUAGAAGCUGAUAGCGAUGACAAAAAUAAAGAUUUAGCAAAAGAUAAAGAAGGGAACAAAGAAAAAGAGACAAAAAAUAAGAACGGGAAAGAGAAAGAAACGAAAAGUAAAGACGGUAAAGAAAUAAAAGAAAAAGACGCGAAAGAUAAUAAGGAAAAAGGUAAAGAUGCAGAUAAGGAAAGUAAAGAAGACAAUAAAGAGGAGAAGGAGAAAGAGAAGGAAAUCGGAGAGCCCAGAGCGAAGCGAUCGAGAGAGAGCAAGAAGACUGAAGCGCCGCCGCCGCGGUCACCCGCGAAGAGAAAGUCCAAAUUCUAAACGUUGGUCGGGAAUUAUUUUUUAUACUAACAACGCACAACGUGAAGGAUUCUAGUUUUAAGACAUACUGACGAUGUUCUGUGCGUUCGGAAUGCUGUACAAAACACGUGUAAUUAAAAAAAAAUGUUAUGUCGUUAAUCCGUUAAAAUAAAAAGGUUUAGAAUAACUUUUAUUCUCAUAAGAAUUACAAAAAAAUAAUUCACUUACUGAGAAAACUUACUAUUUAGAAAAAUAUUGCAAUGAGCAUGAAAUACAAUUAAAUAUCACAAAAACAUAGCUUCAAACUUCGACACUAUCACACAAUCAAAGAUACAAUAUAAAACUUCAGAGGGUAGACUGCGCAAAAUAUAUUAUUGUAAUCGACAGAUAAUCCAACUGAACCCGAUAAUUUUUAAAGCUACAUGUUCGAGACAUCAGACGAUGUAGACUAUACAAAUAUUUUAUCAGCAAGCGAUGAAACAGGUGUUUAAAAUAAUAUUUUUUUGCUCGCAAUUUUUGAUGUUACACUUGGCUUCAUGUGUGUUGCAAGAUGUCGCAUGAAACGCGUGAGUUGAUCUUUACAUAUCAGCCUUAUUACAGCGCUCAGCUUCGCCUCACGUGAAAAUCCUGGUAUAUAAUUAAUCGGCAUGUAAUAUUGUACGUCUUAAUUACCCACAAUAAUAAAAAGUAUUAUUUUUAACUAGUCAAAAUUUUAAUUCAAUUACAACAUUAGAUAAUUUGUUAUUUAGAGACAUUUUCGAAAAUUCCAAAUGUAUUCGAAUUGACCAGAAACAUCGUCAGUGCUCUAUUUUAACAAUGAAAUUAGUUUUAAAAGAAAAAAAAAGUUGUACAAUGCAAAGUUUUUGUUUUACCAUGUGUAAUAUGUUGGUAUAUCAUCCUUGACAUCAAGCCAGCAUUUCUUUGGUUUGCUUUUUCUGCCAGGAGCAGGCGGAAACGGCAUAGCCAGACAUUUAUUUCCUGCGUGAUAAAUAAUUAUACCAUAACAGACAUCCAAAACCAAUAUACUUACAAAAAGUCCUAUUUUCUGUGAAAUUUUUUCAAGCGAGGAAAAUUGUUUUUGGCGAAUUGCAAUUUUUUGGCCAUUGCAAUACCAAAUAGAAUGGUCAGGAUUGGUUGAUAAACACUUAGUGUUGCCAGCGUUUAGGAGACAGCGCCCACUUUUAUUUUCUUCACUAUGUUGACAGCCUAAAGAUUUUUAAUAUCACAGAAUAUAUAAUACUUCCAGUUCUAAUAUGAAAUGCGCGAUAAGCAUAUUUAAAUUAUUAUUUUUUCCUAUCAACGUAAAUUGCUGUAGUGUGGAGCGAAUUAUUGAAACUAGGACAAAACUAUAAUUCAUUAUAUUAACUAUGAAAAUUCCGAUCUUUAUAUAUAUUUUGUAAAUUAUCUUUUAUUUAGAUCUUGUUAAAUUGAAAUAUGAGAAGCAUGCUUUUUUUUGUCGCGAAAAGUAUAUUUUAAGUGAUUGUGUAUAUUUUUAGAUCAUUGUUUUGUCACAUAUGUAUUUUUAACAUUUAAGUAUAUUAUUAUGUUCCAUAAUAUAAAAAAAAUUACCCUUCGUCAGUACGUGAAACUCCCGACAUUCGACAUUCAACUUACCGUCCAGCGCUGAAAAUGCAAUGAUGAAUAUUCUAUGUUUUAUGCCAGCGAAUUUUCAACGCUCAUAGAAAAUGCGACCGUGCAGUUAAGUUAUUGGGUCUCAAUUCUGACGUUGAUAAAAAUUAUAUUUUCAUUUUCUCAUAGAUUAUAACAUAUAAGUAAAUAGAACUAACGAUACAAAAUUUUGGCAAAACGUUAGAAGAAAUGAUUGCAUUAUGCUAUUUACAAAUUCGCUGUGACACGAAAUAUAAUUUCUUGUCGGAAUUUUCCACUUUAUGCUUCAUCAAAUCCCAAUUCAGUCAAUAAUGGACUGUUUGCCUCUGUAUUAGCGGUAAAUUUGCAAUGAAUUUGGUUAGUUCGAUGUGCGGUCGACUGUAAUUACUGCUAUCUUUGUCUAACAUUAGAUGAAAAAGAACAACAUUAUUGAUGAUUUAUGUCAAAAAUGAUAGUAAUUUAAUGUGCAUAUAACUUUUUCAAUUGCGCGCGUCUUUAUAAUAAGCUGUUACGUCUUAUUGUACAUUACAAAAGUUCUGUGUUUGCCAGCGCAGUAGACAAUUUUAUAACGACUAGCGGCUCAUCCCGGCUUCGCUCGGGUAAAAACAUAAAUUACACUCAUAAACUUUUCUCAGAAAUCGCACUAUCUAUUGGUUAAAACAGCAUGAAAAUGUGUGCAGACGUUUCUAGAGUUUAUCGCGAUCAUAUAGACAGACGCGGCAGUGGAUUUUAUAAUAUAUGUUUGUAUUUUGCUAGUGCGCAGGCAAACAGUUUUCUUUCGUGCCAAGGAUUAAACUAUGAAAAGUAAAAAACUUUCUAUACAGAGAAGUCAGUUUUAUACAGACGCGUAUAGUUCCUAUUGGUCAAUUGCGCUGCGACAUCCUUCGUUAUUUUAUACUCUUCCGUCAUUUGAAGUUUUGACGUACGUAAUCGCAUGUCAGUGUCAAACCCUAUAGAAAACAACGGAGCUACAACGCGGUGCGACAAAGCGCGACUGAGCAAUGGGAACGCGCCAUUUAAUUUAUUAAUGUUAUUUUCUGUCUACUCCAACUUUAUAUUACAAAACAAUCUAUAAGAGUUUCAUUUUGUAUGUGUAGAUUGCACAUUUUUUAUAAUAUUUUUGCAGCCGGUUGAAUUAAUGUUCGAAAUCUUUGCUUCCGAUAUAAAAUAUAUUGAAAGCAUCAAAUCAUUGCAUUUGGUGCAAAACGUGGUUAUAUAUCAGUUUUUUAGAUUUAAGAUUAUAGAAGUACAUUUAGUAUAUAAAUUUUUAUCAGUAUAGUUAUAGGAGAUAUAAAUUCAUUGUAAAUAGUUACAAUAAAGACAUGAUACUGGACAUUUCUUA